UAAAAAAUUCUGAAUUGAUAGCAAAUACAUUGGGAUUUCCUCGCAUUUCAAAUGCACAGUAAAAAAAAAUCUGCGUCACGAUAAAUUGAAAAAUUAAUGAUUAAAAAUCGCUGUUGCAACCCAAUAACGAAAAAAAUAUUUGAAAAGCGUCGAAACAGUUUAGAGAGGAGUUUCUUGCUCAUUAUUAUUAUUGACGCUGUCGGCAUUUACCUGGGACUCCUAGGAACCAGUUUGGACACCGAAAAUUACAGGCUCUUGCGGUGCGAGCCUCCGAGGCUCAUUCGAACCGCCGCUUUGAAUAGGAUAUUGGCCACUUGGAUUGAGAUUAUCAGGCCCAUGUUCUGGUUCGUGUUUUGCAACGGUCAUUUCAACAAUGGCAAUUCUCAGGAAAAUCCACACCAGGAAAAAUAUGGUUUUAUUUUCAUCAGGAAUCCGUCAUUAAUGUUCAGGAAUUUACCCUCAAUUACGGGAGUUUCUCAAGACUGGUGAUUUGACAGUAAUUUUAAGCCAGUACGUGGAAGAGAUGAACAAAGUGGCUAGGUGCGAUGCAGGAUGUUUCGGUUGGGACUCGUGAUGGAAUUGCCGAAGAAGUGGUUGGCGGUUGGAGAAGUCAACUCUUGAAAAAAUAAGAUAAAAAUGGAGGUGGUAAAGGAGAGAAUGCAACGACAAGACGACACCCCGUCCAUCUAUCAGAGAGGCGUAUGUGGUUAGUCUGACUCGUGAUCUGAAAUCAAGAGUGAAGACGUCGAGGUAUGUUUGAUUACCUUUAUCCGCAGUUUUAACAUUCCUGCUUCCGAGUGGAAGAUUUUUUAGGUGAAUUAUUCCGCGAUUCCAGCGAAAACUUGAUUAUUUGAAAAUUUAAAAAAUCGUUCAGGGAAUUUAUUUGAGUAAAUUAAUUAUUUUAUUGAAAUGCGAGCCAUCGCCGACACUCGCCCCACCAUUGGCCGAUCCUGAGUAAUUCACGUGGAAAAUGGCUUUUGUUGAAAGCACAUACGAAUGUAACUUCUAGUCAAAGUCAUUAGAAAUCAUUAGAUCCAUAAAUAACGACAAAUUGACCAACAAUUUUCUUCCAGUUCGUCUCUCCUUUCUAUUCCUAAUUAAUCUUAGUAAAAAAAUCAGUUCCCAUGUGCUCCAGAGGCCGUCCUAAAUGAUACAGAUGAGUUGCUCGUUUUCACAUGGCCUGAGAAUCCUCCGAAAUACCCCAGCAUCAAGUUGAAGGUCACUAGCUAAAACACGAACCGGCUGUUUUACACUUGCGCCGGUUACAGUGGACGUGAAUGCCAACGUGGAGCUGUGGUGAAAUGUUUAAAGGGUCCCUGGACCGAGCCAGUGUUGGCUGGCCUUGCAUACCAGACGUACUCAAUGAACCCAAGAGAGCAAAGGGGACGAGGAAAGAAACGUUGCCAAGAGUAUUAAUGAACCGACGUCUCUCUUUCCUCCUUUCCUUCAUCCCUCUCUCCCUUUUCUCAUUCGUAAAGUUCCGAGAUUACGCGAUGACAAGUUUUUUUUUUCAGUUUUUUAUUCAUUAUUUUUCAAUCUCUCCAGUUAUAUUAUUGAAGUCCAAAUCAUCAAGUGUUUUGCAAAAUUAAUUUGAAAAUUAAUGGUGAUAACUUUGGGGCUCGCUGUCAAUGAAAAUGAUAGGGUGAAAAAUAGGGAGCCAAUAAUGCAGAAAGUAGGGGGCGGGGGAACAUGGAUAUUGUCUACGGAGGUUCACGAAUCAUUUUGUCAAUUUUAUGUCGCGAUCGGAAGUAGAACAGAAUUAAUUUUCCAAAAAUGUGAACAAUUUUGAUGAGCAGAGGGUUCCGGAUUUCGACGAUUACAAAAUUCAUGUCUUCAUCGCCGUAGGAUACAACAGGUGUCAAUAAUAAAAAAUACAACACCUGUGGACUAUGUGGGCACGCUUCCUACUCAACCCCUAGUUUCUUGACCGGACUUCCUCGAGGGGUGAGCCCUCGAAAUUAGUGGUGUCUUAAGACGGCGAUUGUGACCGCACGCACAAGAGGGAGGGGUCGGCGGUCUUGUGUGAUUCCGGAUGAUAGCAACUUCCUCAGGUUAAAAAACAUCUCGAAGCGAUUUUCCCCGGAUUUUCUCCCCCGACCCAACAGACAAACGGGAGAGCGAAGGAAACAAUGAGAAAAUAUCCUGGGAGAGCAUUGAGGGCGUAAGUGCACUUGAACAAUGAACGGGUGGAGCCCGCGGGGGGUUCGGACACCGCCUCAAAAACAAUUCUCCCCGGGGAAGAUGGACCUUGAAUGCACGAGGAACUGUGAAAAAAAUUAGUCAACAGUUUCGAAAUUUCGGCACUCGAGAAACACCUGGAGUGAAGGACCAUGUGAUAGGACAUUGUUCCUUGUCAGGGUCGAAACGACGGGGAUUUCCCUGGUCGUAAAACGUUCCAGGGAAAAUGACAACCGAAGUUGAAACCCCAAAUGUUCUUUGGCGCAGCCUCUGAAGUAGAUUUUUUUUUGAAGGAUUAGUGGGGUGGUGAAACUACUCGGCGAGUGGUAUGUUGACCAGACUUUCAGGAUUCUUUACAGAGGGCUGUAACCCAUAAACUUCAAACAGGUGGGAAAUUGCUCUUGUGCUGGUCCGAGUAUUUUUUUUAAGACUCAAAUGUUCCUCCCGAGCGGUACGUGAACAGGAAUUUUUGACGAAAAUUUAUCAUACCAUUCACUAAAAGUGAACAUGAAUAUAUAAAUAAAUCGUAACAACUUAUUGACUCCCUAUUUAAUUGAUUAAUUGGUUAUUGAGAUUUUUUUAAUUUAGGUUUUGUUCAUUCAAUACCCUGACCUCUUCAUUUUCAAAAAUUCCCAAAGCGGUCUCUUCAGCUCAUUUUAUCUCAUUGUCAGCUUCAACUUCAUCAACAACGUUGACAUGCCUCGGGCAUCGGUUUGUACCACAAAAGGUACCUCUCGUACACCACCGGAAGAAGCUCAAUAGGAAUAAUUCAAUGUGUGUGUCUUAAUUUCCCCCUUCUCCCCCUUACGCUCAAGGACAAGAGCUAUCCCACGCGAUUCAGUUUAACGCAUCUUCAACAACGAGUUUCAGAUUUUUCUAUAGUGGUACCGAGUGGAUCAAGAUCACGUUGAACUGUGGAACAAGACCACUGGAAUCCUUAGGACGCUUUACUCACUGGGCCGAAUCCCACGCACCCACGUUGCUUCAUUCAUGGGGUGAAGUCUACUGAAGCGUCAACAAAAAAAAAAAAUCUUCAAGUCUGAGAAGUUCGUGGGAAUCCCCCGGCGAUUUUUGCCUGUAGCCUGAGAAAAAUUUUGUUGACAGAAUUGUUUACAUCAUCCCCUGGAGUCCACGGGCUUCAGUAACUCUAUACUCGUUUCCCGGGAUU